GCGACUUUGAUACCAUCUCCGACGACGAGCUUUAUCCCGCCUAGGUUCCUCACUGAAGCACGCUCUUUUGACGACCAUACCACUUCGUCUUCCAAUAUGCGUCUUACCGCUCUGAUUGCUGUACUUGCCCUACCGUUCCUCGCAGUUGCGCAGAAUAACAAUGCUACAUCUGCAUCUACUGCGUCCGGCUCCACAUCAGCUCCUGCCAGCUCUGGCUCUGCAUCGCAAUCCCCUUCGGUCAUUCUAUCGACAUCGUUCACGACCGGUGUCUCGCUGGGUCCAGGGCGUGUUACAACCACCUUCACGUCUCCUGUUGUCCUCACUAUCACUCCCUCUCCCACCUCUUCGGGGAACAAUACCUCAGGCAAUAACACCAACUCCUCAAGUAGCAGCCCCUCGUCGACAGGGCCGCUGCCGACCGCGCCGACAGAUAUAAAUGGCGGAGGGGAUGGCCCAGGUGGCGGUGCACCCUCGCCGGGCGCGUCUGGAUCGGGUGGCAUCUAUGGUCCACCGGAUAGUUACAUUUCCUUUGCCCUUGCUUUGCCGAUCAACUCCAUCCUCGCGUGUAUAGCAGCAGCGGCGUUGGGAGGCACGUUGGUGUUGGGAUGAGGUCCUCGGAGACCUGGGACGAUUAUGAGGGAUACUGUUUUAUCUUGUCGCAUCCACGGACCCUUCCCGGACGGACUACGCUAUCUCUCUUUGCAUAUGUACGCACGCACCAGGGGCUGCAUAAUACCAGUAUACACUGCGUUGUCUUGGACUACUUCUACCUUCUGCUGUCAGGUACUUUCCUCCCCCUUUGCUAUGCUCUUGGUUGUCGUCCAAGUGUUUUGAGGUAGCCUGCGACGAGAGAAGAUUUUA